CUUAUUUUUGGGCCACGUGCAUGAAGAACGCGUCCAGAGUCAUUCGCGGUUUGUGAGGUAUCUGAGGGGUGAAACAGUCACGCAGGUUUGCGCAACAGAACUACAACCCCUCACCCAAAGCGCCUGAUUGAAGGAGCGCCGUGGUGUCAUAGCUGCAACGCAAAGAAUCUCGGGACAGCUUUCCAACCUUCCACAUUUGACCCCUCCACGCCCGACGCACCAUUGCUUGUAGCUUCACGAAAGGAAGAUUUGUCUAUUUCACCACAGCCGUUGCUUGGUAUUGUUAGGGCCCAGCAACCCGGCGCCGUUGCGUGAAUAGCUCCAACUAGCUUAACUCACAGCUAUCCACGACCGAGGUUUCUGCGCAGCCAUGGUCAAGGGCCCUGCAGCCGUCUUCAUUGCUAGACACGGCGCUCGUCUCGACGCCUCAGACAAGUCAUGGCACCUCACUUCACCGACGCCCUACGAUCCACCCCUCACGUAUGGCGGCUGGUCACAAGCCAAAGCACUGGGUCUACGCAUAGCGGCGCUGCUGCACCAGCAAGACGUCGAGGAGACUGAGGCGGCCAAGCAUGGCGCGAACGCGGAUCUGGCGCAUCUCGAGUUCAGCGCGCUCGAUGCCCCCAGGGCGCAACCAGCUCGCCCGAGGAAUAAGAAGCGCAAGAUCGUCAUACACUCGAGCCCGUUCCUGAGGUGCGUUCAGACGAGCACGGCAGUCGCAGCAGGCAUCUCGCAGUACAAGCCAGAGGCAACGCCCAGGCUGGGAGUACCGGCGCCAUCCAAGGAGAGGAGCGGCGUGCUGGGCAGUUCUCCGCUGGCGAGGUCGGCACGCUCCCAGUCGCCGCGCACAAGAUCGCCCUCGGUGCAGCCGGCGUACCUCGACCCGCUGGUCGAUCCCAACCUUGAAGUCUAUGCGAAGCCGCGCAAAGGCGAGGAGAAGAUCCUCCUGCGCAUCGACGCCUUCCUCGGAGAAUGGCUGUCGCCCGACUACUACGAAGACAUCACCCCGCCGCCGAACUCGACACUGAUGGUGGCAGGCGCAAAGGCAGACUUGCUGCGGAGGGGCGACAAUCUACAGGCACAGCCAGAUGCGCACAGCAGCAAGGGCCAUUUCCCAGGUGGCUGGGGAGGGGCUAGCAAAGGAGCUGCGGCAUCAGCAAUAUUGGCUCGAUGCAGCGUCGACAACGGCGCAUUUGCGACCAUGAACAGCCUUACGCAGAACCUGCCUCCGACCAGAGAACGUGCUGGUAGUCUCAGUGGCGGCGGCGGAGCUGUACAAUCCUCAAGACCGAGAGGCAACUUCUUGUCACUCAAUCCAUCCACACGCCACGUCACGAAGAAGAACUACAACUCUCCCGCACCGUCAUACUCCGUCUCUCCCUCCGACCCCAUACCGCGAGGCUAUGUAGCUCAUGCACGAGAGGCGUGCGUCACAGUCGACUUCCAGUGGGACAGUAUGCGGCCACCACAGAACUGGGGUGAUGGUGGUGAAUACGGCGACGAGUGGAGUACGAUGCACAAGCGGUUCCGCAGAGGACUGACUGGCAUGAUGGAAUGGUACAGAGAACACGGAGCAACACCACCCAAGGACCCAUUCCCGGGCUUCACAUUCUCGGACCGGCCGUCACAGCCUGACAAGGAGCCAAGGCCAUCUGCACCCAAAGCCACGAAUUUCGCCGCCAACCCUCUGCCUCUACUAAACGGCAAGGCAGAGGAUGAAGAAGAAGAGCUUGUGCUUGUACUGGUCACCCACGGCGCAGGCUGCAAUGCUCUGCUUGGUGCCAUCCAAAACCAGCCCGUCUUGAUCGAUGUCGGGCUUGCUUCACUGUCGAUGGCAGUACGACGAGAUCAACUUCGAAAGCCUUCUGCUCCGACCGUAUUCGAGCGACGCCUGUCAGUGGCCGAUCCUGGCAUGUCGGAUUCGUACGAGAUGAAGAUACUCGCCUCUGUGGAUCAUCUGCGGCCAAGUACCAAUCCAGCGGUGAUCUCUGCGCCCGAAUCUGCGACUCAAUCACCAGCGGUGCAUGCCAGUCCAACCACCGGGAACUACAGAAAACGGUUUACUGGCAGCUCAUCUGGCGCAGGCACCCCGAGCGACUCGCCCCUCGAUGCGUCGUACAGAAGCUGGCUGGGGAACUCUAACGGCGUGCGUAGGACAGCGAGCUCAGGAUCGAACUCGCGACACAGCCACCUCAACGACAGCGGUAUCUCAUCGCCAUCUUCAGGUCUUUGGUCAAGCCCCCGUAUGACAGCGCUGGAUGCAAGCAGCGAUGGCAGAUGCAGUCCAGGCGCCGACAUGGUGCUCAACUUCACGAACCAGCAGUCGGCACAGAAGUCGGAGCCAUCUGCCGCCCCAGUGAGCCAGCCUGCUGCAACCAGCACGGCUGAGGCACCUGUCGGACUGACCAAGAUGACGACCAACGAGCAAAGGGAGUGUGGUGACUCUGUAGCCCCACUCCCAACCUCACUCAACCGCACGAACAGCACGAACAGCUCGUCGGCAGCGGCUGGUGGUGGCGGCGGCCUCUGGGGCGCAAAGCCUCAGGCGACGACGCAACAGGGUCUAUGGGGCUCACCAAAGCUCUCUGGCGUGACUGAGCGCGAGAGCGGGCUCAAGAGGCGAUGGACGAUCACGGAGCACAACCAGUGAGGUGGUUCUACCUGCACGUUAAGGUGAAAGCGAUGUUGCACCCAGGGAGAAAUGCACAUCUCGGAGCAGCUGGUGUUUGCGAGUCUACUGACCGUUAAUUAAGCGAUUCAUUACCGGGGCGUUUGAUACCCCCGCCAUCCUUUCGUUUUUCCAUAGUCGAGCAUUGGUCGGUCGAAUCGCUGCAGGUACGCGUCUAGCUCACACAAUGCAGUCCUGUUUCACCCUUCACUU